UUCGUUCACACGAGGGGAGAUGCCGAGUGAACGCCUUGUUGUGGGUGACGACGUGACGUGUCAAGCGAUCGCGGCUGCUGGGAUUCUUCCAUAUACUCCAAAGUAGGAUCUGUAUCUCUAUACACAGUGAUGUCGCCGAGCCGCGCGCUGGCCGAGUCUCUGCCGUGCCUCGCCUUCCACCACGGCGCGGGUCGAACCACGGUGAUCUUCGAUGUGUCGGAGAAAAAGCCAAUCGCCGGCUACAUCGACGAGCUGGAGAACAAGCAGAUCUGUCCAGCCACGCACGGCUUUAUGCUAGCCAGGUGCCCUGCCUCCAUGUCCACCUUCCUGUGGACUCCCCAGAGCUGCGGCAAGAUCGAGCUGCCGCCGUUGCCGAUCGAGCAGGACCUGUUCAUAGACUGCACCUGCCUGCUCUCCAACAAGCCCACCGCUCCCAACUCCGUCGUGCUUCUCGUCGAGCCUUACGCCACCUUCAUAUGGUACUGUCACAUCCGAGACGAUCAGUGGCAGAAACACGACUAUGACAUCGGAACCCAGCCGGCCCUCGACCUGCAAUCCGAGGACAAAGAGGUCAUAACUCCGAUCGCGGCAUGCGGGGGCAAGUUUUAUUUCAACAGCACACAAAUCGAGCUUGGUGUUCUUGAAUUCUGCCCUGCUCCCGUGUUCAGCUCCAUCGAGAUCAACGACGUGGUCGAUGAUAUCUACGGUGUUGAACUGGCUCCAGCUCAAGUUUUUCUGGUGGAAUCGGACGGGGAGCUCUAUAUGGUUUCCCUGUUAUGGGCGGAAACAAUUUAUGGUGCAAGAGUUCAUAGGAUGGAUUUCUCAAAGCAGAGAUGGAGAAAAGUGUAUGAUCUUGGUGAUCGGGCGUUCCUCUUGUCCCUGUUCAACUCUGGUGCUCUCUGCUCCGUCGGCGAAUCUGGACUGCGAGAGAACUGCAUCUACAUGGCGUAUCCUUGGGAGCAGACCUUGCACAUUUUCAGUGUAAAAGAUGGUAGUAUGGAAACGCACAAGCUGGAUGAUGCUCCCUCCUCAGAUAAAGCAUUCUGGGUGCUCCCUGCCAAUCAUAUAGAUUAGUUUAGAUUCACAAGGGGUUUUCUUUCCUUGUCGUUUUUAGUUAUCACCCGACUUUGGAUUGUGCAGCCUGUUUGACAUACCAAAUUACUGUUUACAUGUUAUUAUUA